UAGGUGCUGAUCAUAACAUCGAUUAAAGUUCUCUUAUCAGAAUCGAUACACACGUUAACUUUGCAGAACAAUAGGAAAAUAAUAAUAAGUGAAAUAUGAAAGUGGAGAAUACAGUUAGUAAAGCGAUAGAAAUUUGUCUACGAAUUUUUGGCAUAUGGCCGACUACAUCGUGCAUUUUAUUACGUCGACUGUUCUGGAUUUUCACGCUCGUAAUCGAGCAAGCUCUUCAAUAUCGAUAUAUCGUAAAGCACUUUUAUUUGAUCGAGUUUUCCGAGAUAAUGAUUAUUUUUAGUAUAACAAUGGCAUACACGAUAUUCUUAUUUAAACUUGUCGUUUUUUGGUAUAAGCAGCGAACGUUCAACAAGAUAUUAAUGAUGAUGACGAUUGAUUGGGAAAAGUGUUCCAGAACGAAUUUCAGCAUCGCUUUGCUAACAUGA